AUAAUAAUAUUAUUGUGGAACUGCGUAGUUGUCGCGUAUAUUUUAUCGUUGAUAAACGAGUCGCAAAAUGGCGGCUUAGCAUACCCAUAUAUUUAGUGCCUUAUCCACGGGGGGUCGGGGGUCCGGACGACGCUAGCCGAUCCGUUUGGACGCGCCAAGCCGCCAACACGUUGCGCUCCUUAAACGUGUGCGGCACUGAACGCGUUCGAUAUCGUGUGUAGGUGAUUUGUCUUUUGUUCGUCGACAGUCGAAUGUCGAUAUCCUUCGUCAAGUGCGUGUGGCGACGACGGUAAUAAUUGUUUAUUGGUUUUUAAACGCAACGCACACGGCACCUUUUUGACGUCUUGAACGUAUGCCGGCAGUAGUUUUUUCGUUGUUUGGUGGCCGUUUUCGAUUACAAUAUGGCCGACUCCGUUGGUAACAGAACCAACUUACAAAGAAAUGAACCUCAUUCAAGACCUACUUCAUUUAUUUCCCCAGAACUUCAAUUAACUAUGUUCUACCACCAAAGUCUAAAGGCACUAUAUCAGUAUUUGGGAGAUGAACUUGAUACGUUUGCUGGAUCUACAAGUUAUAAAUCAGUUGUUAUUAAUACAGUACCAUUGCUUUUUAUGAAAUUAAAUGUGAUGCCCGGAGAAAUUGCUUCAAUUAUAGCUAAUUCUUCAAAUAUCAAAUUCAUAUUACAAUAUGCUUUGAGCCGUAAUCGUCCAUUUGGAAUUGUACAUAAAAUUAAUGAAGAUAUGCCUACAUAUGGUGUAUUAGUUGCGAUUUAUAACCAUUCUUUAAUCAAGGAAUCUAUUGAAACAAAAUCUUAUGAAGUUCAAAUUAGAGGGCUUCAACUAUUUAAAAUUCAUCAUUUCAAACCAUUUCCAGAUAGGAACAAUCAAACUCUUGCUUUGGCUCGAAUUGAAAUUAUACCAAUUGAAACAUCAAAUCAUCCGUACAAUGAACUAUGUUUAAAUCCAAACAAAUACAAUUCAAGUAUAAAAUUCUCUCAAAAAAACAUGUGGCAAAGUCAGUGGCCAUCUUUGGUUUAUAAGCAAUUUGAUGUUUAUGAAUUGGCAUCUCGCAUUUUCAAAAAAGUUAGAAUAUUGUAUAAAGAUAUAAAAUUCUCAAAUAUUCCAAGUAUAUUAUCAUUCCAAGUGACAAAACUUGGUAUAUUUACACAUGAAGAAGUAAAUGAAUUGCUUGGUAUUGAGUCAACAAACCUACGGCUUCAAUUAGAACUAGGGUAUUUUAUCAAACAUCAAUCAAUGCAAAAAUUAAGGUGCUCCAGAGUACAUUGUGGUAUUCCAAUUUCCAAUAUGAGUUAUGUGGUACCUAUAUCUCCUAAAGGAAUUGAAGAUAGUUAUUGUGGCUCUUGGGGAGCACUUCAUACCUUGGUUACAGUAACUCAUCUAGAAGAUAAUUUAAAGGUGAUAAAAUCUAGAGAUGUAAUGUCUGAAUACUUCUGGCGCAUUGGGUAUAAAAAUUCUAUAAUUUUUUGCCCAAACUGUAGAUCUUAUUUAGGCUGGUUUUUUUCGGUUAAAGAUAAUUUGUUAUCAUCAUCGCCGAGAUCAUUCUACGGAUUAUCUAUAGAUUCCGUAACAUCUAUAGAUGACCACAUAUUACCUUUAGUUUCUUCAGAUGAUGAAUUACCACUAGAGCAAGACAGUGAUAGAGGAAUAAUUUUUGAGGCCAUCAAUGACACAGAUAUUUUAGAAACACCUUAUUGGACUUUCACCAAGUAAAUAGAUUUCAGUUUCCAUUACCAUGAAGUAGAGCACCAGCUAAAAUCUUCCAGUAGGAAGAAUGAUGAUGCGAGAGACCAUUAAACAUUGACUGGUCUUUUAAUUUAUUAGUAAUAGUUAAUACAUAUAUAUAUAUAUAUAUAUAUAUAUGUAUAUAUGUAUAUUUGUUUAUCAUGUACUUAUUGUAAUUAUUUUCAUUAUCGCCACUAAGAGAUUAAGUAUCUGGCCGGUACAAAAUACUAUUUUGUUAUGAAUAUUAUUAUAUUACUGUUCAAAGGUGCUACCAUUAGGUGGAUUUACAGGUUUUUAUUAUUACAGUUAUUUCUAUAAUUAUCUUUAUUAUAAUAUUAUUAUAUGCUCGUACGAUUUUAUAGCUGACCGACACGAGCCGAUUGUCUUUUUUUAUAUUUUGUAUUAUUUUGUCCACUAGGUUUCAUAGUUCUAUAGCUUAAAUUUAUUAUAUUUAAUUUUUUGUAUACCCAUCA